AUGAAGUUCAUCAUUGCCUCCGUUGCUGCUCUGGCCUCCGUUGCCGUCGCCUCUCCUACCCAUCCCAACCAGUGCAAGCCUGCCACUUAUCGUUGCGAGCCUGGCAAGGCUGCUUGGGAUGUUUGCAACACCAGCGGACAGUGGGUGUUCGCCGGCAACUGCCCUCCCAAUACCAUCUGCAAGUUCAACACCGCCAACGGCAGCCCCUACUGCGUCCCUCCCAACUUCCAGUUCCCAUAA